CACCCCCCGACAUCCUCAAAUCACCCCGAUGGCCGACAGCUCUGUCCGCCUCUAGCCGAGGGACGAAACCCGGUUCGGCGGCCGGGCCCGGGAUUGGGCGGGGAGCGGGGAGCGGGGAGUCGAUCGAUGACUCGGAACUCGGCUGGUGGGCGGAUCGAUGUGCUCCGGGCUCGGUGUGGGCGGAAGUGGAGGACUUCGCGGCUGCCGGAGUCGUGCAGGGGGGAAGCCCCCCCCCGGAGAUUAUUUUCUAACUGGAUCACCGGUUUGCAUUCCAAACGAUUAUGUCUCGAUCCCGCCAACCCCCCUUGGUUACAGGCAUCUCGCCAAAUGAGGGAAUCUCAUGGACUAAAGUUACGAUUAGAGGGGAGAACCUGGGAACAGGCCCAACGGACUUAAUAGGUUUGACAAUUUGUGGACACAAUUGCCUUCUGACUGCAGAAUGGAUGUCUGCCAGCAAAAUUGUGUGUCGAGUGGGACAAGCUAAGAAUGAUAAGGGUGACAUUAUUGUCACCACCAAGUCAGGUGGCAAAGGAACCUCUACAGUCUCUUUUAAACUUCUUAAGCCUGAAAAAAUAGGUAUCUUAGAUCAGUCAGCCGUCUGGGUGGAUGAAAUGAACUAUUACGACAUGCGCACCGACAGGAAUAAAGGGAUUCCUCCCUUGUCCCUACGGCCAGCUAACCCACUUGGCAUUGAAAUUGAGAAAGGCAAGUUUCCCCAGAAAGACUUGGAAACACUAUUCCAUGGAAUGAGUGCUGACUUUACUAGUGAGAAUUUCUCAGCUGCUUGGUACCUAAUAGAGAAUCACUCAACAACGAGCUUUGAUCAGCUCAAAAUGGCAGUCAACAAUCUGAAGAAACAGGCGAACAAGAAAAACGAGGGGAGCUUAGCAUAUGUGAAAGGAGGCCUUAGCACUUUUUUUGAGGCACAAGAUGCCCUGUCAGCCAUCCAUCAGAAACUGGAAGCGGAUGGAACGGAAAAAGUAGAAGGAUCUAUGACGCAGAAACUGGAGAAUGUACUGAACAGGGCAAGUAAUACAGCUGAUACAUUGUUUCAAGAAGUCUUAGGUCGAAAAGACAAGGCAGAUUCAACUAGAAAUGCACUUAACGUUCUUCAGCGGUUCAAGUUUCUUUUCAACCUCCCUCUUAAUAUUGAAAGGAAUAUUCAAAAGGGUGAUUAUGAUGUCGUCAUCAAUGACUAUGAAAAAGCCAAGUCACUUUUUGGAAAAACGGAAGUUCAAGUUUUCAAGAAAUAUUAUGCUGAAGUAGAAACACGAAUUGAAGCCUUAAGAGAACUACUUCUAGACAAAUUACUGGAGACUCCAUCGACCUUACAUGAUCAAAAACGUUACAUAAGGUACCUUUCUGAUCUCCAUGCAGAUGGUGACCCUGCUUGGCAGUGUAUUGGAGCCCAGCACAAGUGGAUCAUUCAACUCAUGCAUAAUUGCAAAGAAGGUUAUGUGAAAGAACUAAAAGGUAAUCCUGUGCUACACAGCACACUGUUGGACAUGGAUGGGGACUCCCGACCCUCUCCUCUGAGCCACCUCAGUCAGACGGCUUCACUGAAAAGGGGCAGCAGCUUCCAAUCCAGCCGAGAUGACACUUGGAGAUAUAAAGUUCCGCACCAAGUGGCAUUUGUUGAGAAGUUGACCAAGCUUGUUUUAAGUCAGCUCCCUAACUUCUGGAAACUCUGGAUUUCCUAUGUGAACGGAAGCCUUUUCAGUGAGACAGCCGAGAAGUCGGGCCACAUGGAAAGAUCAAAGAAUGUAAGGCAAAGGCAAAAUGACUUCAAGAAAAUGAUUCAGGAGGUGAUGUACUCCCUGGUGAAACUAAUCCGUGGAGCUCUGCUUCCGUUCACUCUCAGAGAAGGAGAACUGCGACAGUUUGGGGGAUGGGAGAUGAAGUCUGAACUCUCUGGCCAGUGGCUAACACAUGUCAUUCAUACUGUAAGGCUUACUUCUGAAUCUUUGACUGCCCUUGAAAUUCCAAAUGAUUUGUUACAAACUAUCCAGGAUCUUAUUUUGGAUCUACGAGUCCGUUGUGUAAUGAUCACCUUACAACAUACAGCUGAAGAUAUAAAGAGAUUAGCCGAAAAAGAAGACUGGAUUAUUGAUAAUGAAGGACUGACCUCUCUGCCAUCUCAAUUUGAACAGUGCAUUGUGCAUUCCUUGCAGUCAAUCAAGGGAGUUGUAGAGUGCAAAUCUGGAGAGACCAAUGUUUUUCAGCAACCUAAAAUCCAGGAGGAGGUUUGCCAAUUGAGCAUUAAUAUCAUGCAGGUUUUUAUACAUUGCCUGGAACAGUUGAGUACCAAACCUGAUGGUGAUGUAGAUACUACCCACCUUUCAGUUGAUGUUUCUUCUCCAGACUUAUUUGGAAGUAUCCAUGAAGAUUUCAGUUUAUCUUCAGAGCAACGACUUUUGAUCGUUUUAAGUAACUGCCGGUAUCUGGAACGCCAUACGUUCUUAAAUAUAGCUGAACAUUUUGAGAAGCAUAACUUCCAGGGAAUUGAAAAAAUAACACAGGUUAGCAUGGCGUUAUUAAAAGAACUCGAUGAAAGGCUGUUUGAAAAUUACAUUGAGUUGAAAGCAGAUCCUAUCGUUGGCUUGUUGGAACCAGGAAUUUAUGCGGGAUAUUUUGACUGGAAAGAUUGCCUUACUCCAACAGGUGUCAGGAACUACUUAAAAGAAGCUUUGGUGAAUAUAAUUGCUGUGCAUGCCGAGGUAUUCACCAUUUCUAAGGAGUUAGUCCCUCGGGUGCUAUCCAAGAUCGUGGAAGCUGUCUUUGAAGAACUAAGUCGACUGAUGCAGUGUGUUUCAUCUUUCAGCAAAAAUGGAGCUUUGCAGGCAAAGCUUGAAAUCUGUGCUCUGAGAGAUGCCUUGGCAGUGUACCUAACACCGGAAAGCAGAUCGAGUUUCAAGCAAGCUUUGGAAGCCCUGCCUCAACUCUCAAGUGGAACCGAUAAAAAGUUACUGGAAGAACUCCUGAACAAGUUUAAGAGUAGUAUGCACUUGCAGCUUACCUGUUUCCAAGCUUCUCCUCCAACCACGGUGAAAACAUAAGAAAAAAAAAACCCCCCCAAAGCCUGAGCAUCCCCAGAGCACAAGCUUAUUAGAAUCAGCCGCUUCCAGGACCCAUAGAGAUAUUAAUGAAAAGAGAUCGGGAUUGCUACAUUUAGACAUCUUCCAUGGCUGCAUCUGCCGAAGCUGCCCAGCUGGACCUGCAAACUUUAUUUCGCACAGAUGGCUCAGUAGCCCAUAAUUCAACUGCACGAUUGAAGAAACUCUAGGCUGAAUUUUUUUUUAAUGUAAUGUUUUGGCUCUAUUUUCUUCAUUGUCUUGAGGCCAACGCUCAUGAAUGUACUUUGCAUUUUGUUGUCUAAUUUUUUUUUAAUAGUAAAUAGAAACCCAGGGUGUAUUUCACUUUUGUGCUCUCACUUGACUGGUAAACUGAAUUAUGUCACUUGAUUCUGUGCUUGCCUAGUCUCUAAGGAUGCUCAUUAAUGGCACUUGAAGCAGAAUGCCGAUGCCUCAUAUAUGUAAUUAGUUUACGAACUUCACUGUGAUCUCUUCUCCAUUGAUGCUAAGGGCUACUCUCAUGCAAAAAGAUAACAUAAAGCUCCUUCAAGGUGCAAAAUGCCAGUUCUCUGCCCUUCCAUUUUCUCAUUUUCUCUGGUGAACUUCUCUCCAGCGUUUCCCUCUUCCUUUGCUACAUCUUUCCAGCCACUGCUCCCAGAGCCAGCAAAUGCUACCCUGGCACAUCUUGGGUUUUGGCAGCUUCAAAGUCAGUUUCCUAGGCCCCUGUAUAAAGUUAUAGUCUGUGGACAAAGCGUCUUACCAGAUGUCCUACAUUCUCUGCUGACUUGCAAAUUACUGGAAAGAAGGUCACAGGGAAAUUCAUGAGUGACAUAAACUUAUUUUUAGUAUUCUAUUACCUUUUCUUCAUAAGACCAUAGUUUCCAACACCCUUGAUAAAUGCCCAGAAACGCAUCUGAGUGUACCAAAAUAUCAAAUUUUUACAAAUCCAAAUUGAAAUUAAAGAAAAAGCUUUUAAUGUCAAAUAUCUUAUUAAAUAGUACAAGUAGAUUUAACAAUACAGGAUAUGCUUCUGAAGUAUUCAGUCAAAUAAAACAUGGCAUUGUGUUUGUUCGUUUACUGUGUAUGGGUAAACAAUUAUAUAGCUAGAAGUUAAAUUUUGAUCUUCUAGAAAUGUGGCUUAUAAGGCAUAUUAGGCAAUUAUAGAGAACACUGUUGUUUUCUUUAAGUAUGUUAACCAUUGUAACUGAAGAUGAGUGUAUGAAUUAAAUGACAAAAAUGUAA